UCUUUCUGUGUGUAUUUAAUUAAUGUCUGAGUCACUGUUCCUCACUGUUCUUCAUGUGUUUGUUGUGACAGAUGCAGUGAAGUCACUGUCAGUGAAGAAGGGAGAAUCUGUUACUCUGCCAAUUACUGAAAUAAAGAAUCAUGAUCUGAUAUGGUGGAUGUUUGGAAACAUUCGCCUAGCUGAAAUCGAUAAAGCAGACCAACACUUCUCCAUAUAUGAUGGUCCUGAUGAGAGAUUCAGAGACAGACUGGAGCUGGAUCAUCAGACUGGAUCUCUGACCAUCACAGACACCAGAACCACAGACUCUGGACUUUAUGAAGUGAAGAUCAUCAGCAGCAGACACAUCGUAAACAGUAUAUUCACUGUUACUGUCACUGAAACAUACAUAAACACUGCAUACACCCCACGUGGGACGGCAUCUUCUUCAAAUAACUAUCCAGAUCCACGUCUGUCUCCAGAUGAUCUAGAUCCAUGUCUGUCUUCAGCGGUUCCAUAUUCACGUCUGUCUCCAGAUGAUCUAGAUCCAGGUCUGUCUCCAGCUGCUGUAGCAGGGAUCGGUGGUUUUUGUUUUCUGCUGGGUGCUGCUGUGGGUGCUGCUGCAGCUGGUGUGAUUUGCUAUCGCUACAAGAGGUCUAAGGAUUCAAAAGAUAACCAGAUGCAAAAUCAGCCCUUAAAAAGACAAUUGGCGAUGGACAAUAUGAAUAUGGGAACUAAAGAGAACGGAUAUGACUCUUCAUGAUUCCCCGGUGAAAAUGAGAAAUGAACCCAUGUCUGUUGAGCUGUUAAACUCUCAUGUAAAAUGAUUAAUUGUAUUUGUGUUAUGAUGUUACUCUUCAUACCUGUCAACCUAUUAACUAUACUAGUUUGAUUCACACAGCUUAGAUUUUGUGUGAUUGUAGACUGUGAGCAUCCG